UGCAAAACUUGAAAUUUAUUUUUGCUUAAUCAGGUAUUAGUGUUUAAAACGGAUUUACAAAAAUUGUGUUUAGCAUUACUUGAUGUUCUACGUAGCCGUAGACACUUGUAAGUACCGUCAAAGUCAAAGUUGUCAAAAAAAUGUCAACGUGACGUUUGGCUGCCGGCAGUGAAAGUAAUUUAAUUUUCCUUUUUGGUGACCGGAAUUUACUCAAGUGACUGGCUUUCGGUCUUACCGCAGAAAUGGGUCCCGACAGACGGACGUACGACCCAAGGCAGUAUUUAUUUGAUCCAGCCCUAUUAAAAAAUCUUGAUUGGGGAUCAGUGAAGGGCUAUCUUUCACCCCCAAUCACAAAUGAAGGACCAGGGGAGUCAUGGCUUGUAGUUCGACCUUUGCAAAUUGAGGACUUCGACAAAGGAUAUCUGCAAAUUUUAACACAGUUGACGGCUGUGGGAAAUGUGAGCAGAUCUGAUUUUGAACGUCAAUACUGGAGAAUGCAACAGUCUGGUGGCUAUUACAUCACAGUGAUAGAAGACACCAGAAACAGAAAAAUCAUCGGUGCAGCAACACUGGUCACAGAAUUCAAAUUUAUCCACAACUGCGCUUUGCGAGCUCGGUUGGAAGAUGUCGUUGUCAAUAACACUUACAGAGGCAAACAGCUGGGAAAACUAAUUGUCUUGACCGUGAGUUUGCUUUCUAAGAAACUGGGUUGUUACAAGAUGUCCUUGGAUUGUAGAGAUCCUCUUAUUCCGUUCUAUAAGUCCAUCGGCUAUAAACUGGAACCUGGAAAUGCCAAUUCUAUGAUCGUCCGUUUUGAAGAAACACCAAGAAUCGAAAACCCAUCCUGACAAUUAGCCCCCAAUGCUUCCAACACCAAAUCCAAACUCUAACUGUUUAUUGUCAGUUAGAACCCUUUGUAGAGCUUUAGUUUUAGGGUUCGCUGUUUAUUACAUUCUUCGAAAGUCUGAUUGAAACUAGAACUGAAAAAUGUGUCGACGAUUUUCAUGCUUACGUCAUUACUUUGUAUUGUAAGAAUGUUUUAAAUAGCUUGCAAAUUUUCGAAUAACUGUACUGACCAAAAUUAGACAUUUUUCUUCUUUGUUUUCAUUGGUCGAUUUCGCGAGAAAGACUUACAAAGGGUGAGUGCAUUUUAGUGUAUUUUUAAUAGGUACUCUAAAAUCCACGGAUUUGAUGUUCUAGCAUUGGCUGGUGUUUUGAGCGCUUCGGAAACGCUCCACUACGGCGACCGAUGUAUUAUUGGUUAUGGAGAAAUCGUACUUAAUUUCUUUUAGUCUCAAUAAAAUCUAUUCUUGCA